AUGGCUCCAACCGCUGUCGACCUCAAUAGAGAGUACGCUACCUCUGUGGAGGCAGAGUCCAAUGCUCCUUUCAACAAAGCAGCCAGGAAAUCUUCCAUCGCUGCCGCCUUGGGUUUGAGUCCAGACACAAAAAUUCAUUACAACUCGGCAGUUCCUAUUUUGUACGAAGAUGCUUUGAAAGAAAAAGGAACCACCAUCUCUUCCACCGGUGCUCUUAUCGCCUUUUCCGGCUCGAAGACCGGAAGAUCUCCUAAGGAUAAACGUAUUGUUGCUGAAGAAUCAUCCGUGCAUGAUGUUUGGUGGGGUCCCGUCAACAAGAAAGUUGAUGGUCAAACCUGGAAGAUCUCCAGAUCUAGAGCUAUCGACUAUUUGAGAACCAGAGAGAAGGUUUACAUCAUCGAUGCUUUUGCAGGCUGGGAUCCUAGAUACAGAUUUAAGGUGAGAAUUGUCUGUGCUAGAGCCUACCAUGCAUUGUUCAUGAAGAACAUGUUAAUCAAGCCUACUGAAGAGGAGCUGAAACACUUUGGUGAACCCGAUUUCACUAUCUGGAACGCUGGUCAGUUCCCUGCUAACGUUUUCACCAAGGGAAUGUCUUCUGCCACCUCCGUUGAGCUUAAUUUUAAGGCUAUGGAGAUGGUCAUCUUAGGUACCGAAUACGCUGGAGAGAUGAAAAAAGGCGUUUUGACCCUCAUGUUCUACUUGAUGCCCAUUAAACACAACAUUCUUACGCUUCACUCCUCUGCUAAUAUUGGUAUCCAGAAUGGUGAUGUUACCAUGUUUUUUGGAUUAUCUGGAACAGGUAAAACCACUUUAAGUGCUGAUCCUAACCGGAAAUUAAUUGGUGAUGAUGAACACUGCUGGUCUGAUCAUGGUAUUUUCAACAUUGAGGGAGGCUGUUACGCUAAAUGUAUCGACUUAUCAGAAACCAAUGAACCUGAAAUUUUCAAUGCAAUAAGAUUUGGUUCUGUCCUAGAGAAUGUUGUGUACGAUCCAGUCACCAGGGUGGUCGAUUACACGAAUCCUUCACUUACUGCCAACACCAGAUGUGCCUAUCCUAUCGAAUAUAUUCCUUCAGCCAAAAUUCCAUGUACUGUGGAUACUCAUCCAAGCAAUAUUAUUCUUUUGACCUGUGAUGCAAGAGGUGUUCUACCUCCAGUUUCGAAACUGACGAGGUCCCAGGUCAUGUACCACUUCAUCUCCGGUUAUACCUCCAAGAUGUCGGGUACGGAGGUUGGUGUCACUGAGCCAGAGGCCACAUUCUCAGCCUGCUACGGUCAACCAUUCCUCGUUUUACAUCCAAUGAGAUACGCCCAACAGUUGGCAGAUAAGAUGGCUGAGCACCACGCCGAUGCUUGGCUGCUCAAUACCGGAUGGACAGGUAAAUCGUUUACCAAAGGUGGAAAAAGAUGUCCUCUUAAGUACACCAGAGCCAUUUUGGAUGCAAUCCAUUCCGGCGAAUUGGCCAAGGUCGAGUACGAAUCUUACCCUACCUUUGGAUUACAGGUUCCAAAGUCCUGUCCAGGAGUUCCUUCCGAAAUUCUUAAUCCCUCGAGAAACUGGGCAUUAGGUACAAAAGACUUCGAAAAUGAGGUUACUAACUUGGCUCAAUUGUUCGUUGAGAACUUUGAAAAGUACGCUUCUUCUUGUACCGAUGAGGUGAUAGCGGCUGGUCCUGCUUUGUAA